UGUAUUAUUUUAUAAUUUGCAAAAACCGUCGAUUUUUAAUGAACGCAUUUUUACUAACUACAAUGUUAUAAGUAAUAAAACAUGCUACUUUUACACACGUGCUUAUAACCUCUGUUACCAACGUAACAUUUUUAAUUGCCAACGUAAACUUGAAUACUGAUUCAUUCUGCAUUUCGGCAUAAGAUUCUUUUUGUUACACAAAGAAAAAGAUGACAAUAGGUGAACAAUAGGAUCACACGCAAUAAUUAGUAUGCUGUUAUCUGUCAACUGUCAGACAUAACCUGCAUACUGAACGAACAUCUUCCCUGCUAUUGUUGUGUAGUGAAUUCUGAUCUCGUAUUUUAAAUUUUCGUAAUAUUUAAAAUUCGAACAUAUUAAAGUAAAGAUGUCAACACUAGCGAGUAGUGUAAAUUUGUAUCAAUUCGCCAAAGUUUUCGUGCCAGAGAUUCGAAGUUAGGUUCAUCAACUCCUAGCCAUCCCAAAAUACAAAACACAUAAACAGUGAGGUCUUUAUCAUCGUUGCACCCGAGGGUUAUCUCUAGUAAUAUCACAAGUCGCCGGUGAAAAAAACACCGAAUCGAACCUAUCGUACUGUUUUAUUAUUAAACGAUUUCCCUCUCAAUUUCGAUGGGAAAAGUCAUACAUCAUGGCGUAUUUAGCCGUGCCUUGUGACGAAACAUCGGUGAAGGUAUAUAACCGGAGAAUGAGCUCAGUUCGUGACUACAGACUUGUCAAUGUAACGGUUCUACGUUCGCACAGUGGAAUCGCACGUGCAGAGUCGGCCACGAAAUUUUGUCAUCCGAAGUUUUGCGGUGACACGGGAUAGUAAUUGCAGAACGUAAACGCUGUCGAUAUUCGACAGCUGCUCUGGAUAUAGUGAUCAGUAUAUUGUAUUGUCAGGGCGUAGUCAAAGAAGAGGAUGAGUUAUUACGGCGGUGGAGCUCCUCUCGAUGAUGUGUUUGUUAAAGCGGCGGUCGAAGUCAAACGAUUCCUUCCGUCGCUCUUCAACAUCAAAGUGUUGGGAGAAAAGGGAUCUGGCUUCAGACCUCGAGGAGCUGUUCAAGACUUCAACACACUGAGACGAGAAUGUUUGUCAACGGGAACUCUUUUCGAGGACCCCGAAUUUCCACCGGAUGAUUCGUCGUUGUUCUUCUCGAAAAGACCGGACAGAUACAUAGAAUGGAAACGGCCAAUGGAAAUUGCAGACAACCCUCAGCUCUUCGUCGAGGGGUUCUCCAGGUUCGAUGUGCAACAGGGAGAGCUAGGGGAUUGCUGGCUGCUGGCAGCAGUCGCGAAUCUCACGAUGGAUGCCAAUUUAUUCUUCCAAGUGGUGCCAGAGGACCAGAGCUUCGAGGAAAACUACGCCGGUAUCUUUCACUUCAGAUUUUGGCAAUACGGUAGAUGGGUGGACGUCGUGAUCGACGACAGAUUGCCAACGUAUCAUGGUGAAUUAUUGUAUCUGCAUUCGUCGGAGAGCAACGAAUUUUGGAGCGCAUUGUUGGAAAAAGCCUAUGCCAAACUUCAUGGUUCAUAUGAAGCAUUGAAGGGAGGAAGUACCUGUGAAGCUAUGGAAGAUUUCACUGGUGGUGUAACUGAAAUGUACCAAAUGGAUGAGACACCUCCUAAUCUGUUCAGUAUUUUGUUGAAAGCUUUUGAAAGAAAUUCGCUAAUGGGUUGUUCCAUUGAGCCUGACCCAAACGUGUUAGAAGCAGAGACACCUCAGGGAUUGAUUAGAGGUCAUGCCUACAGUAUUACGCGUGUCAAAUAUGUAGAGAUUCAGACACCAAAUCAGUAUGGAAGGAUACCCUUGCUUAGGCUUAGAAACCCUUGGGGUAAUGAGGCAGAGUGGAAUGGUCCAUGGAGUGAUCAGUCACCAGAAUGGAGAUUCAUUCCUGAUCACGAGAAAGAAGAACUGGGUCUGACCUUCGACAUGGACGGUGAAUUUUGGAUGUCAUUCCAGGAUUUUACAAGAUACUUCACGCAAUUAGAGAUCUGUAACUUGAACCCAGACUCGUUGACCGAGGAUGAUUUAAAUGCUGGUAAGAAAAGGUGGGAAAUGAGCGUGUUUGAAGGAGAAUGGGUACGUGGUGUCACAGCAGGUGGUUGCAGAAACUUUUUAGAAACUUUCUGGCACAAUCCACAGUAUCGUAUCACAUUGGAGUACCCUGAUGAAGAUGACGAUAAGUGUACAGUCAUCGUUGCAUUGAUGCAGAAGAACAGAAGAGCACAAAGAAGAAUGGGUGCAGAAUGUUUAACUAUUGGGUUUGCGAUAUACCAUUUGGAGUAUCCUGAACGUUUACCAAAACCACUAGAUAUUAAUUUCUUCAAGUACAACGCAUCGGUCGCCAGAUCUCCAGCAUUUAUAAAUCUAAGAGAAGUAACUUGUCGCUUUAAAUUGCCACCUGGCGUUUAUUGCAUAGUGCCAAGUACAUUUGAUCCUAACGAGGAAGGUGAAUUUUUAUUACGAAUAUUCUCUGAAAAUAAAAACAACAUGGAAGAAAACGACGAAGAAGUUGGUAUUGGAGAAGUUGAUGAUAGGGUGAUUAACCCGAAAGGUGAUGGUGAAGAUGGGGAUAAAGUUCGAGACGAACCAGAACCAGACCGAAACGCAGAAAAAGUUCGUGAAUUCUUCAAGAAACUCGCUGGCGAGGAUAUGGAAGUGGAUUGGAUGGAACUCAAAGAAAUCUUAGAUUUCGCAAUGCGGAAAGAACUACCACAGUCGGUGCGUCGUAGUGAGGCUCAUGCCCCAGAAACUGUACAAGGAAAUGGUUCUUUUAUCGACACUCUCAUCUCACUGCUGUGCGGCAUUGUUUGUAAUAAUGAACAGUACAAUAAGCCCGUAGAAACACAUGACAAAGGAUUCAGUAAGGACGUGUGUCGUAGCAUGGUUGCGAUGCUAGAUGUAGAUCAUUCUGGCAAACUUGGAUUCGAAGAGUUCAGAACUUUGUGGAAUGAUAUAAGAAAGUGGAGGGCUGUAUUUAAACUAUAUGAUAAAGAUGAGUCAGGAUACUUGAGCGCAUUUGAAUUGCGGCAAGCAUUAAACAGUGCAGGUUAUCGAUUAAAUAAUCACAUCCUUAAUAUUUUGGUCCAUCGUUAUGGAACAAAGGAUGGUAUGAUUACGUUUGAUGACUACAUAAUGUGCGCGGUUCGACUUAAAACGAUGAUAGAUAUUUUCAGAGAACGAGAUCCAGAUUUAACUAACACAGCUACGUUUACGAUGGAAGAAUGGAUAGAGAAAACAUUGUAUUCAUAAUUUAAAAAUUCUUAUAAAUUUGGAUAAAAAGAGAUAUAUUUUGA